AUGAAUAAACCAAAUAUAUACGCAUUUCCACAACCAAUUUUAACUGAAGAGCCUUCAACAUUAUUAGGUACAAUACGUAAUUUUGUAUCUAAUAUAAUUGCACCAUUUCAACAAGAAUAUCGCUAUUGGCCAUGGACAAAAAUAGGAACAGUCAUUGUUGUAUGUGUUGGUUCCUAUACACUUUAUAAAUAUUUACCUGGACCUUAUCGACGUUAUUAUAUGUCAUCAACGAAGAAUUUUUCUCUUCGUUAUAAUAAAGCACUUCAUUUAGAAAAAGAAAAACUUUUUGAUGAAUUAAAAUAUGUGAAAAUAAGAGAAGAAGGAAGACGACUUCAAGUAGUUGAAAUUGGUGCCGCACAUGGUGCUAAUAUGCAGUAUUAUCCUCCACAUCUUGUUGAAGUUAUUUGUGUUGAACCAAUGAGAGAAUUUGAAAAAUAUUUAACACAAACACUUCGACAAAAUUCACAUGUUAAAUGUAGAGAAUUAUUAGUAGGUAGUGCAGAAAAUAUUUCUGUUAUUCGAGAUGAUCAAGUUGAUGCAGUUGUAUCAACUUUAACACUUUCUUGUUGUAAAAAUAUUGAUCAAACAUUACGUGAAAUUCGUCGCAUUCUUAAGCCUGGUGGUGUUUUUCUCUAUAUGGAAAAUAUUCGUUCGCCGAAUACUUUCUUUGCUGCUAUUCAAUAUCUUUGCUCACCAAUAUAUAAAUUACUAUUUGGUAUUUCAUUAACAAGAAAUAUUCCGGAACAUAUUGAACGAGCACAUUUUAAUGGUGGUAUAACACAACAUAUAUUUAUUGCACAUGGUAUUCCAUUUCUUUUAAGUCCCCAUGUAUCGGGUAUUGCACGAAAAUGA